UCCAUAACGAGGUUUCCGCCAUGUUGAAUUAAGUGGCGUCCGUCUGUAUCUUUUAUACAGAAAACAUAACAGUUGAAUUUGUUUUACUUUGUUGCUGGUUUUUAUUAUACAGCCAUGUUUCCAAUAACGCCUGCAGGCGUUCACACCUUCUUGAGUCCACAGAUGAAUGGACAGCCUAAUCUGCCCUUCACCUUUCCACCCAUGCAGCCAGAGUCACUUGUACCACCUCCAACAACACCAGUCAUCCACCAUCCAGCACCUCACAUUGCAGAUUUUACCUGUCCACCACGUCCUAACCAUGGUACAGAAGGCCGCACAAUCUUGUUGCGAGCCAAUCAUUUUCAGGUUCGAAUUCCUAAAGGUUAUAUUCAUCACUAUGACGUCAGCAUCACCCCUGAUAAAUGUCCUCGACGUGUGAACAGAGAGAUCAUUGAGACAAUGGUAAAAGCCUACCAGCAGAAGAUUUUCUUUAAAACAAAACCUGUGUUUGAUGGAAGAAAGAAUCUUUACAGUCGGGAUCAUUUGCCCAUUGGUACUGAGAAGGUGGAGCUGGAAGUAACAUUGCCUGGAGAAGGCCGUGACAGAGUCUUCAAGGUGGCCAUUCGCUGGGUCAACCAAGUCAAUUUGUUUGACCUUGAGAGAGCAUUGGAAGGUGUUUCCCGGCAGAUCCCUCUCGAGGCAAUACAAGCAUUAGAUGUUGUCAUGAGACACAUGCCUUCUAUGACAUACACACCAGUGGGUCGUUCAUUCUUCUCUGCCCCAGAAGGCUAUGAUCAUCCUCUGGGUGGAGGUAGAGAGGUCUGGUUUGGUUUCCACCAAAGUGUCCGACCAUCACAAUGGAAGAUGAUGCUCAACAUAGAUGUGUCAGCAACUGCAUUUUACAAGGCACAGCCAGUGAUUGAGUUCAUGUGUGAAGUGCUGGACAUGCAGGAUGUUGCGGAACAGAAGCGUCCACUUACAGACUCGCAGCGUGUCAAGUUUACAAAGGAAAUAAAAGGGCUCAAGGUGGAGAUCACUCACUGUGGCAAUAUGAGAAGAAAGUAUCGUGUAUGCAAUGUCACUCGUCGUCCCGCUCAGACUCAGUCCUUCCCACUCCAGCUGGACUCUGGUCAGACCAUUGAUUGCACUGUUGCCCGCUACUUUUACGAGAGAUAUAAAAUGCGCUUGCAGUUUCCACAUCUCCCCUGCUUGCAAGUAGGACAGGAGCAGAAGCAUACAUAUCUUCCUCUAGAGGUUUGCAAUGUUGUUGGAGGACAGCGAUGCAUCAAGAAGUUGACAGAUAUGCAGACAUCAACCAUGAUCAAGGCGACAGCAAGGUCAGCUCCGGACCGUGAAAAAGAGAUCAACAACUUGGUGCGCAAGGCAAAUUUCAAUGCGGACCCAUACCUGCAAACAUUUGGAAUCAGCAUAAGCACUCAAAUGAUGGAAGUGGAGGGGCGAGUUCUUACGGCCCCUAAAUUGCAGUAUGGAGGGAGGACCAAAGCGCAGGCUGUACCCAAUCAGGGUGUGUGGGAUAUGCGUGGCAAACAGUUCUACUAUGGCAUAGAGAUACGAGUGUGGGCCAUUGCCUGCUUUGCUCCUCAGCGCAAUGUCCGCGAGGAUGCUUUAAGGAACUUCACACAGAAUCUUCAACGCAUUUCUAAUGAUGCAGGCAUGCCUAUCAUGGGGCAGCCUUGCUUCUGCAAGUAUGCCACUGGCCCUGACCAGGUGGAACCCAUGUUUCGGUAUCUGAAGAACACUUACCAGGGUCUGCAGCUGAUUGUUGUUGUUCUCCCUGGCAAGACACCUGUAUAUGCUGAAGUUAAGCGAGUGGGUGACAUCUUGUUUGGAUUAGCUACCCAGUGUGUGCAGUCAAAAAAUGUAAACAAAACUACCCCCCAGACAUUGUCCAACCUGUGUCUCAAGAUUAAUGUCAAACUGGGUGGUGUUAACAGCAUCCUGCUGCCUAGCAUACGCCCGGCGGUGUUCCGGGAGCCGAUCAUAUUUCUUGGUGCUGAUGUCACACACCCUCCUGCCGGCGACUCCAGUAAACCUUCCAUAGCAGCAGUGGUGGGUAGCAUGGACGCCCAUCCUAGUCGCUAUGCAGCAGCAGUACGGGUGCAAGAACACCGACAAGAAAUUAUAUACGAGCUGGCCACCAUGGUUCGGGAACUUCUGAUACAGUUCUACCGCUCCACGCGGUUCAAGCCCACUCGCAUUAUCUUUUACCGUGAUGGAGUCAGCGAAGGACAAUUCCAUGCAGAAUCUAAUAUUUUGCAGGUGCUAAGUCAUGAGCUACGGGCAAUCCGUGAAGCUUGCACAAAACUGGAGCUGGAUUAUCGUCCAGGAAUCACAUUCAUUGUAGUUCAAAAGCGCCAUCAUACACGUCUUUUCUGUGCUGAUCGCAAAGACCAGACAGGGCGCAGUGGUAACAUUCCUGCUGGAACAACAGUGGACAUGGGAAUAACACAUCCAACUGAGUUUGAUUUCUACCUCUGCAGUCAUGCUGGUAUCCAGGGCACUAGUAGGCCUUCUCAUUACCAUGUGCUGUGGGACGACAAUCGUUUCAGUGCUGAUGAACUUCAAAUUCUGACCUACCAGCUAUGCCACACUUACGUGCGAUGUACUCGUUCUGUAUCUAUCCCAGCACCAGCCUAUUAUGCCCACCUGGUUGCCUUCCGUGCUCGAUACCAUUUGGUGGAAAAAGAGCAUGACAGUGGAGAGGGCAGCAGACACUCGGACAACAGUGAAGACCGUAAUCCAGCUGUCAUGGCACGAGCAGUGACGGCACACCCAGACACCAUCAAAGUCAUGUAUUUUGCCUGAGCUUGGGGAGAAUGUGGCCUCCCCUUACAGACAGACUAAUUGUUUUGGAGCAGCACAUUCUUCUGCAAUCUCAAGUCUUGCAGCUGUUCUGUGGGCCACCACAACCUAGGACCAAGCACAUCCACUGCCACACUCAGGCAGCUGCAUAACUGGAUGUCAAUGCUUCCUCUUUGGCACCUACACAUGUGAAGCAUGUGUGUUUUCUUGCGCCUUUAAUCUUGUCAACUUUUGUGUGAAUAGUCUGUGAAAAACAGCUUGCAAGCCAAAAGGUAUUUUUCUGCCCAUAAACAACAAAAGUUCAAGGGGCAGAGUGUACUUUUACAUUGAGGUGAUUAUCUUUCCUUGAUUCUUCCAUAUUUCCAGCUCUCCUGUAUAAUCCUUUAGGUGACUCGUGUGUAGUCUUGAGAGGUGCUACUAGCAGACUCGGAGGUAUCACUCAUCCCUAGCCUAGUUUGGCUGCUGUGCAUGGAAUGGGUUGCUGGACACAGUAGCGAGUGUGAUGGGGCAGUGUCAUCCUAGUAAAGUUAAUUGUUUGCAGGAAGAGAGGAACAGGGAGGUUUAGGCCCUUUUUUACGAUAAUUGCCUGAUGUGACUGGCUCAGUUAUAUAUAUUUUGGGGGCAACAUAAAGCUGCUUGAUUUUUUUUCCUCACAGUUCUGAAGGCAGGAAAGGGCUUAACCAAGAAUAUUAGUUUAGCGUAUGAAUUUUGUUUAAAAUUUUGAGGUAGUACAGACAUGACUUCCUUUUUUUAAGGCUAUGCUUUGCCAGGUGUCUAUAUCAACUAGGGGAAAUAAUAUGGGUGGCACAAAAAAAAGAAGUAUGAUUUCGCUGGAAGACUGUAUUAACUGUUUAACACAACAGAGAAACUAUAUAGACUUAGCACAGAUUAAUGUCACUAUCAGGUGUUUAUCAUCAAAGACUUAGUAGUUCUGAAGAGUUAAGCACAUAGACUCCAGUGUUUUGUCAUUUUUAUAUUCGAGUGCCAUACUUUUUGUGUGUGUGUGGAAGCCGGGGGCUCAUACCUUUUCUAAUUUGUUGGGGGUUUUUUUUUUAGUAAAAAAGGGAAAGAGCAUUUGCGUGUAACCCUUUUAUGGCUUUUUUUUUUCUCCUCAAGAAAAAAAGAACAUGGCUGAAAGGCCUCUUGGCCAGCAGCAGCCUGUCUAGGUUUUUGCUUUGUUAGGCCAAGUCAUGGAGAUGAACACAGAAAAAAAAAAAGGGAGAGUAUGUGUGACUAUGCUGUACUGACAUGGUUCAGCUAAGACCAAGAUCUCUUCACUGCUACCUCACAGGAGUUGAGCAGACCUGAAGAGCAAAAGUCCUGGUGCUAGAUUUAGGUCAGGACAAAAUAGUGCAGAGGAAGAAAUUGAAGAUGUGUGCUCAUCACUGGACAAAAUGCUGUUAACAGUUGAAUUAAUGGAGUAUCUUGCAGACAAUGGCCAAAAGAGACAUGCAACUCCCACAGAACAAUUGUUCAGUUUGCGGCAGCAUAACAAUGUCUUGUUAAGAAAGCUGUUCAAUUUCACAAUGACAGGUUGUUUUCAAAUAAUGGAUUUUUACUGUAAUAAUUUUGGGACAUUUUGUGUUACAACUUAGUUUCUUGGCUUUUUCUUUUUUUUUUUUUAAUGGUACAGACUAUGUAGAUGAGUCUUGACUUCUAGUUUCAUCCUAAAUCACGUUUCCAUCUCCUCUGUGAUAUUGAAUCAUUCAUUGUGUAGUGCUGGGAGUGGUAUACUCUAUCAAUAGUAUGAUUGUAGCAACUUCUCUAGUCUAUUCCCUGCUAGUGAACAUGCAGAGGUAAACAGAUUGGGAUAGGGUUGAUAACAUUAUCUAUGAGAGAUUGUGCCAAUGUGUUUUGCUAGUGGGUUAGGAAUGGAAAAAGUAUGACUAUCUGAAAUGUAGAGUCAUGUGUAAGUUAUCUGACAUUUAAAAACUGUUGGACAUGCAGAUAUGUGUGGGACUGUUAUGCACCUGCAAGCCACAUUAGAUUUGUUUAUUGAGAAGUGGGCAGACAUACACUGAUGUAAGUUUUUCAUACAUUUGCGAGAAUUCUUUUUCUAUUUGCAGACUUUAAUCCUAUUGUGCAUGUAAAAUUCUUAAUAUCACUUAUAUCAUGUCUGACCUCUUUGAGAUGGAUGCUUAUGGGCUUGGUGUUAGGAUUUUAUAGAUGAAGCAGUCCAUUUAAAUGGUUCUAUAAUCUAUAGGGAUUGUGUAUAUUCAAGUGGUUAGUGUGAUUUUGACCAUUGGAAAUGCUUCUUUUUUUUUGCAUUUAUCUUCAAGGCUAGCGUGUAUUGCUCCCCUUUUUUAUUUAUUUGAUGGAAGAGGCCUUGGAGCGUAGUCCAUUGGCAGUGUGAUAGAAAUUAACUUUGCAGAACCUCAUUAUAAAAGAGCCAGCUGAUUUCAACUUAAAAAAUUGUGCAGUGGGGAUAAUACUAAUCUAUAUGAUUUUUAUGGGCGAACUGGAUUUAUGCUUGUUGCUAUGUUACUUCUGGUUCAAAGUUUAUUUAUGUGUGUUGGGCACAGAUCUGCUGUGUGAUGCUCAGGCCUUUUUAAAGCACUACCAAAAUUGAAUCAGAGAAGUCAGCUGCAUGAUAGUAGCAUGCAGGGUCAGAAAGUGCAUUUCUUUCUAUUUUCUGCCAUCUUCUCUACUUCUAGCCAUAUCCAGGAUGUCAGAAGAGUAAACCAUUAGUUCUUUUUCUAUUUUUGUUUUCCUCAACAUAUACUACUUCCUGACCAUUACAUGCAAUUCUUCUCUUCCUAUUUAACACCCCGUAGAUCUGUUCAAACAUCACCUAAUAAUGCAGUACAUUUUAAAGCCAUGUUUAUUGGUGCACAGUCUGAUAACCACAGGUGUGAAAACAACCAUUCCCACAGAAUUUUUGUGCUAGUUUGGUGAUGAUAUCCAUUUUGUAUCAGAACAUUCAUAUCUUGAAAUUCCAACUGGCAUUACCUUCCCAGUUUCCACAUUGCUUAUCAUUUCAUGCAGAAAAUUGACCAUAUGAUCACAAACUCACUGUGCUGCAUGUGAGUGAGCAAGGGCACAUCUGUGGACAGUUCAGCAGGUAGAUGGAGGUUAUGUUACAGAAAUGCAUGUGUGAUUUUACCCAUUAAGUAAAUGCAUAUUUUUAUACACAACUUGUAUUGGUAUUGGUACAGAGGGGAUAUGUAUAUUUAUCUCAGAUAUCAUAGAAUUUGGCAAUGAUGACAAAUCAUGUUCAGUAUGUUAUUGGUAAUCUUUGACAUCAUUUUCCAUGUUGCAUGGUGAGCCAUUGAAGUCCUAUUGGUACAAAUCAGUGCCGACAUUUUGUGAUGCAAUAGAUUUUUUUAAAAAACAAAAAAUAAGGGCCUUAAUGCAUAUGACCCUUGUUCCUGUAAAACAAACAAAUGAAAAACCCUAAAAAAAAAACUCAUAAGAAAAAGAAAAAAAGGCUGCCUUCUAAUUUCCUAACUUUAGCAAAAAAAAUUUUUGUUGUGUUUUUUUUUAUUAUUAUUAUUGUAACCUACACUUUAACUUUCCUCAUGCCAACGCUUAUCCCACCCCUGUACAUUAUGUUUGUAGUUUUGCUGUUAUUAAUGUUAUGAUUUAUUUAAUGUUGUGGUCACAUGUUGUGGUCCAUUUACAUCUAACAUAUGCUUAGUACUGUCAGGUAUGUGCAUUUAAGACUACAAGGGAGGAGGGAUGAGAAAGUAUAGCAGUGCAACAAGGAAAUGAAAAUGUCUGGGAAGUCUGAGCAUCUUUAAGAUUCAGUACUUGGUCGCAUAAAUAAAGCAAAAACAGAAAA